UUUUGAGAUCGCCCUUCAUUGUCGAAUUUUGCUCCGUGAAAUUGCUUCGCUCUGGAAACUAAUUAAGAUCCAUCAACUUUGGUGUGGUAUCUAAAUAGUUGCAAGCAAAUGUUGAAUUCGAUGAAUGAUCCAAAAAACGAUCAUACGAAAGAUAGGAAGGCCAUCUUGUUCGUUAUAACUAACAUGGGCAUAAUCGUUGUAAUCACUAUAUUGAUGUGUUGCGUUUUUUGCGCCGAAAACGACGUUGAAGAAAAUGAUAUUGAUACAGAAAGCAUCUCUAAAAUUGGCCAAGCAGUUGGUCAUAUCAUGAACAUUGAUUACUGUUACUCUUGUGGAUACAAAAAAGUUUACGAUGAUUAUGCUGGUAUAAUUCAACAAAAAUAUCCAGAAAUAUCUGUCAUCGGCAAUAACUAUGACCCACCUGGAUUUAACAUGUAUCUUUCUAGAUUCAUUGGACUUGGCAAAAUGGUUCUCAUCAUGGCUAUACUAAGUGGAUUUAAUAUCUUUGCUUGGUUGAACAAGCCACAGCCUUUUUGGUGGAAUUGGUGCUUGGAGAACAAAUUGUAUGCAUGCAUGAUGUUGUUCUUUACAUUUAACAUGUUAGAAGGUCAGUUGGUUUACUCUGGUGCAUUUGAAAUAUCUCUCAAUAAAAUUCCACUAUGGUCUAAGUUGGAAACUGGGAGAAUCCCCCAGCCACCAGAACUGUUUCAAAUUAUUGACAAUACUCUGCAGUUCUCAAAAAUGAACAUGCCCAUUAAUAGUUUCGUUCAAUAAUUUACAAGAAUACCUAACAAAUACUUGUGUCAGAGGUUCCAUAAAUUUUUGAUAUAUUAACUUAAUCGAUUUUAAAAUCUAUAUGUGAUUCAGUUCAGAUAUUUAUAGUAUGAAAAAAAAAAACUUAUGUAAAUAAUGUGAAACUUUAUUCCUCUUAAUAGUAUACUUAUUUUACAUUGCAUAGUCCAAAUAAAAGAAGCAUUGUACACCAAAUGAUCUUGUUACAUCCUAUGUACAUCCUAUGUAAUAGAUAUAUGACCUUGAUUUUGCACAGGCAAUGUGUGAUUAAAUAAAGAUUAUAAAUAUUAUAUAAUGUAAACUAAAAUAAGCAACAUAAGGUUAGGUUAGUGCUUCUAGGCACUAGACUUGAGGUAACCCAACUUGGGCCUCUGUGUAUUAUCCUUAACACUAUUUUAAUCUGAUUGUGAAGAAACAAAAGGUGUAACAUUUUUCAAUGAUUGCUAAUACAAAAUUA